GUGUGGAAGUGUGGGGUUUCGGCUGAGUCUCAGGUCUGCGCUCAGGACUCCAUGGCGGCCACGGCGCUGAUGGACCGGGCUCUGCAGGGCUGUGUGACCUUCGAGGACGUGUUCGUGUACUUCUCCCGUGAGGAGUGGGAGCUCCUUGAGGAGACUCAGAGAUGCCUGUAUCGUGAUGUGAUGCUGGAGAACUUUGCACUUGUGGCCUCACUGGAUUGCUGGCGUGGAGCAGACCAUGAGGACGCCCCUUCUGAGCAGAGCAUUUCUGUAAGAGUGUCACAAGUCAGGACUCUCAAGUCAGGUCCAUUUAUCCAGAAAGCCCACCCAUGUGAGAUGUGUGACCCACUCUUGAAAGACGUUUUGCAUCUGGCUGAACACCAGGGGUUACACGCUGUGCAGAAACUGUACACAUGUGACCCACGUGGGAGAGGAUUAUCGUUGGGUGCAAAUUUUGACCAGCACCAGAAGCGAUAUAGUAGAGAGAACCCCUUCAGCAGCGAUGAAGGUGGGGCCUCGUUUGUGAAGAGCUGUGUAGUCCACAUGUUAGGGAGGCCCUGUACUUUCAGGGAGGAAGGGAUCGACUUGCUGGACAGCUCUGGCCUCUUCCAGCACCAGCCCAGUCACUGUGGGAUGAGUCCGUGCAAAAGGACAGAGUUCACAGAGUCCUUCCCACACAGCUCCAGCCUCGAGCGGCACCAGGGGGACCAUGAUGGACAGAUGCUCUUCAAUUGCAGUGAAGAUGGGAAAGCCUGCCUGAACACCUUUACUCUUCUUGACAAACUGAUAACUCAUACUGAAGUGAGACCCAUUAGAUGCCUACCAUGUGGAAAUAUGUCCAAGGAGAAAUCGGCUCUUAUUCAUCACCGAAAAAUUCAUAAUGGAGAAACUCCACAUGUGUGUAAGGAGUGUGGAAAGGCCUUCAUUCACCUGUCCCACCUGAAAAUGCACCAGAAAUUUCACACUGGGAAAAGACAUUAUACAUGCAGCGAAUGUGGCAAGGCCUUCAGCCGCAAAGACACACUUGUGCAGCACCAGAGAGUCCACACGGGAGAGAGGUCUUAUGACUGCAGUGAGUGUGGGAAAGCCUAUAGCAGAAGCUCCCACCUUGUCCAGCACCAGAGAAUCCACACCGGCGAGAGGCCUUACAAGUGCGGUGAGUGUGGGAAGGCCUUCAGCCGUAAAGACACACUUGUGCAGCACCAGAGGUUUCACACUGGAGAGCGGCCAUACGAGUGCAGCGAGUGUGGGAAAUUCUUUAGCCAAAGCUCUCACCUGAUUGAGCACUGGAGGAUUCACACUGGGGCGAGGCCUUAUGAAUGCAUUGAAUGUGGAAAAUUCUUUAGCCAUAACUCCAGCCUCAUUAAACAUCGGAGAGUCCACACAGGAGCAAGGUCUUAUGUGUGCAGCAAAUGUGGAAAGGCUUUCAGCUGCAAAGACACACUUGUCCAGCACCAGAUAAUUCACACAGGAGCAAGGCCUUAUGAAUGCAGCGAGUGUGGGAAAGCUUUUAGCCGCAAGGACACACUUGUGCAGCACCAGAAAAUCCACACAGGAGAGAGGCCUUACGAGUGUAGUGAGUGUGGAAAAUUCUUUAGCCACAGCUCCAACCUUAUUGUGCACCAGAGAAUCCACACUGGAGCAAAGCCUUAUGAGUGCAGUGAGUGUGGCAAAUGCUUCAGCCACAACUCCAGCCUCAUUCUACACCAGAGAGUUCACACCGGAGCAAGGCCUUACAUGUGCAGUGAGUGUGGAAAAGCCUACAUUAGUAGCUCCCACCUUGUUCAACACAAGAAAGUUCACACUGGAGCAAGACCUUAUGAGUGCAGUGAAUGUGGGAAAUUCUUUAGCCGCAACUCCAGUCUCAUUCUACAUCAGAGGGUUCACACUGGAGAAAAGCCUUACGUGUGCAGCAAAUGUGGGAAAGCCUACAGCAGGAGCUCCCAUCUUGUUCGGCACCAGAAAGUUCACACUGGAGAAAGGCCUUUUGAGUGCAGCCAGUGUGGGAAGACCUUCCUUAGACUGUCCUAACUCAUUGCUCACAGAAAAGUUCACACUGGACAGAGACUUCACAUGUGCAGUGAAUGUGGGAAAGCCUUCAGCCACAAACAUAAACUUAUCGAGCACCAGAAAAUCCACAGUGGCGAGAAGCCUUACAAGUGCAAAGAAUGUGAGAAGGCUUUCAGCCACAAAGACAAAGUUAUUGGGCACCAGAAAAUACACACUGGAGAAAGGCCUUACGUAUGCAGCGAGUGUGAGAAAGCCUUCAGCCGCAAACAUAAACUUGUCAAGCACCAGAAGUUCUACAGUGGAGAAAGGGCUUAUGAGUGCAGUGGAUGUGGAAGAUCCUUUCUGGAUGACUCCACAAUCAUUAUUCAUCAGAGAGUUCACACCAGAGAAAGGCCUUAUGAGUGCAGUGAGUGUGGGAAGUACUUUAGGCACCGCUUCACCCUCAUUAGACACCAGAAAAUUCACACUGGAGAAAGGCCCUAUAAGGGCAGCGAUAUAGGAAAUUGUUUAGUUGCUGCUUCACUCUCAUUAGAUGUUGGACAAAUCACACCACAGAGAGACCUUAUGAGCGCAGCUAAUGUGGGAAGUUUUUGUGGUACAACUGCAGACUCAUUACACACCAAUGAGUUCACACUAUUAUGAGGCCUUAUGAGAACAGCAGAUAUGGGAAUGUCUUUACAUAGAACUCUGACCUCAGUAAACAUUGUUGAGGUUGCACUGGAAAAAUGCUUUCUGAGUGCAGUGAAUGUUGGAGAGUCUUUAGCCAAUACUCCCAUUCAUUUGGCUCCAAAAAGUUCACACCAGAGAAAGAACUUACAAGUGCAGCAGAUAGGGAAAAGACUUCAGCCAAAGUCUGCUCUGAUUGGGAAAAGACUUCAGCCAAAGUCUGCUGAUUGGCACUAUACACUAUAAAGUUCUAUUAUGUAUUAUGGAUUUUGUUUUUCUUUUUAUUGUGUUAAAAUACACAUACAUAAAAUUUGCCAUCUUAAGUAUUUUAGUGUACAGUUCAGUAUUGUUAAGUACAUUCACAUUCUGUGCAGUGAAUAUCCAGCACUUUCUUCAUCUUGCAUAAGUGAACUGUGUCCAUUAAACAACAUCAAUUCCUCUCUUCCUCCAGCCCCUGGCAACCUCCAUGCUACUCNUAUUCUUUUA